CAUUUCAGCGAAUCCAGCACGAUUCUGAUGUUUGCGCCACGCCCAACUCUGUAUCCCAAGGAGAUCUGUUCUUUAUAGCACACUGUGCUUGUCAAUACCGACUCAGAGCCACGCUUGUUUGAUUUGAAUGAGGUAGCUGUAUUAAGACGCCGACGGAUUCAGACCUGUGAAGUGGUUAGUUCGAUUAGAAUGGCAGACGCCCACCAAUGCCACCGCUCGUGUGGUCCCGGCUCCUGUGGCAUUGUGAAGAAGCCAGUGUACAGGUAUCUGACGACAGAGCUGGUGACCAAGGAGAAGAACACUACACUAUACGUAACACGAACCAAGGUGGGUGAAGUGUACAAGCUCUACGCCAAGGCCUACGCAGUGACGCCCCCGAUUGAUGCAGUGUUCAGCGUGUCAACUAACUCUGCAAAUGACGAGACUCAUAUUGUCUUCCAGGCUGCCAUGAAAAGAGAUUGCGGCGAAUAUCAUCAGGAGCCUAUCUUCAUGGCGAACACCACUGUGCCCACCAAAGACGACCUAUGGACAUGGGAUAUUGAAAUGAUAAAUCCAGCGACCAACAUAACGCCAGCCAAGGCACUACGCAAGCCAGGAUUGUUUUACAUUAGCGAUGGUGAUACGCUGGAGUGUCUAUCCUACGAAGAGACCGUGGUCUGCGUCAGUUCCACAAAGGAUACCGAUGGCUAUCCCGUCAUCAUCCGCUCGAAGGAGCAAGCAAGCAAGGCGAAUUCCGGAUACAUGUAUAAAUUUUCCUAUGCGACGCCCCCGCCGAAUUAAACACCAAUCAGGAGCAGUUUUAAAUGCACUCCUCAGCAAUACUAAUGUUAUUUCUGGCUUGUUUGUGGUGGAGGUGCUCACCUGGCUGUUUAACCUGAGCUAACUGUUUCAGGAUAUUGUCUGUAUUUUUGUUGUAGCUACAUCAGUACAUGUAUUUUAUACGUAGAUAUCAUUUUUUUUUUUUUUUUUUUUUUU